AUGGCCGUUGACUUGGCAAUGAGCCGUUGCUGCCCCUUCUCCUCGCUCAACGGCUGCGAGCCAGCAACGGCGACGCCCUGCGAUACUUCAAGUCCCGUCCAUUCCGCGCCCACUCCGCGCCAUUCCGCGCCCACUCCUCGCCAUUCCGCACCCACUCCGCGCUAUUCCGCGCCCACUCCUCGCCAUUCCGCGCCCACUCCGCGCCAUUCCGCGCCCACUCCGCGCCAUUCCGCGCCCACUCCUCGCCAUUCCGCGCCCACUCAGCGCCAUUCCGCGUCCACUCCGCGCCAUUCCGCGCCCACUCCGCGCCAUUCCGCGCCCACUCCUCGCCAUUCCGCGCCCACUCCGCGCCAUUCCGCGUCCACUCCGCGCCAUUCCGCGCCCACUCCUCGCCAUUCCGCGUCCACUUCGCACCAUUCCGCGUCCACUCCGCGCCAUUCCGCGUCCACUCCGCGCCAUUCCGCACCCACUCCUCGCCAUUCCGCGUCCACUCCGCGCCAUUCCGCGUCCACUCCGCGCCAUUCCGCGUCCACUCCACACCAUUUCGCAUGA